UUCUUUAUGCACACACAAUCCCUUUCACUUCUAAAAUAAAACCAGACACAAAAGCCUGAAUAUUCUCUCCCCAAACUUGUGGGUUGAGUAGGGAUAAUAUUUGGUUUUGUGAUUUCCCCCUAUUCUAGAGACCAUUAAGGACUUUUUAAUACUCAACGCCUGUCAAUUAUUUAGUAUAAGUUCUAUUUGGGGGGCUAAGGCUAUUUAAAGAAAGUCUUUUUAUUUUUAAAAAUACGAAUUGGUGUCUUCUCUAAUUACAAAAAGUGGAAAAGACAACCAAGCAUGUCCAGCCUGUUUGCAGACAAUUUAAAAUUAGGGGCGACGGUUUCUUCCAGGGUUAAUUUUUCUUAAUGAAAACCUAAACCCCGCAAACUACUCGGUAUUUGGGACACUUUGGGGUAGGCAGCAGUGGGAAUAAGGCGGAAGAAUUUACAGGGAAAGGAAAAUAUUAGGAAGGAGGAGAAUGAGGCGGCCGGGACCGGCCACGUCGGAGUUCAUUGUGUCCUCCACUUCCCUCUUCCGGCGCGGGCAGAGAAAGGGGCACCCGGUUGGGCUCUGCGUGGCUACGCAGCCUCAUUCUCGGGGAGAACCUGGCAUUUGAGGGUUCCUGCCUGGGACAGGGAUGUAUCAGGGUUUGGGGGUGAUUACUGGAACUGUUGGGGAGGAUGAAGGCAGAAAAGAAGAUGGAAGCGACCGAGGCCGCGGGCCUGCUCUCGCCGACAGGGAAGUGGGCUAAUGAGAAACACACUCUUGCAGGCAGAGUAUUCACACGUGAAUUUAAUUACCCCGUUUUUUUUUUUUUAGCAGUCGCCUCUUUUUGUUCAGGUUUGGGGUAGGUUUUUCCCUCUGCAAUUAACAGACAAGCCAAGGCCUUUUAAUUUACUCCUAGAAAGACUCGAAGGGAUGAGAAAUACCCUCCUCAAUUUGGCCAAGCUAAGGAAUGGGAGUUAAAGUCAAUGGCCCAUACCCCUCCCCGUUUUAAUUUCUAGCCCUGGACUUGAGCUGCGGGCCAUCUUGCUUUGGGCCUUGUAACUGCUGAGCCGCCGACCGGGUAGGUAACAGAGGCGGGCCCGGGAUAGUGGCCAGGAAGGAAGGAGCCCUGAAGGACUUAUACAGGGCCAGCCGCUUGGUCUCUUAGGCUGGGGUGCCUCUUCUCAAGCGGAACUCGCCUUCCAUUGAUGCUGCCUGUUUUCCCCACCUCGCCGCCCGCACCUCAGGUUCAGGGAGUGCGCUGAGGUUUGCAUAACUCGGCGUUAGGGCCUUCGAAGUCGGAACACAGGGCUGGGGAGCCUGCUGCGUCCGCCUGGGAACAGUGAAUCCAGGCUGGCUACGAGGAGGGCGCGCUGGGCGCCCGUGUGCGCGGGGUUGGGAGCAAACGUGCGGCACAACCCAGCCCUCAAACCCAUCGCCUCAGGGAAGGCUGGCCAUUCCCUUCCUGACCCCUUCUUGGUGGGGCCCUCGCUGGGGGCUCAGCUGCGAAUCUGGGGGCUGCCGGGGCUCCCUGUGCACCAGUCAGGCAGAUGCGAGGAGACCAUAGUAGGUUGUGCCUUCUCGGUGGUCUGUCGCUGCAAAGCGCGCUCCGUUAGAGGCUAUGGUGGCUCAGUUUGGAACGGAUACUGCGUUGAAUUUGACUUUUCUCAGUUGGCUCGGGGUAAACUCGCGUCUCCUGGGACCGCAAGGAUUAUUUACAGGGAGCUCGCCAACCAAACACAACAGUCUAAUUUAACCUUUCCAAGUUCUCAUAAAUUUUUACAGCUGGGAGUCACGAUGAGGCAAACGAAUCUGUUCGCCGUUCCCAAGUUCCCACCAGCCUGUGUGGCUUCUGAAACAGUAACUCCUUAUGAAAUAUCAUAAAUAUAGAUUUAAAUACAGUAGAGCGAGAAUGCGAUUUAGCUGCUUUUUUAUGGCUUCAAUUAUUGUCUAAUUUUAUGUGAGGGGCUCCGCUGGCCGCACUCGCACGCGGGACCCGCUCCUUGCUGAUGGCGUGAUUAAUUGUGAUAUAAAAUAGUCCGCUUAAGAAGUGUGUGUAUGGUGGUGGCGGAGGGAGGGGAGGGAGUACAGAGGCAAGGCCAGAUUUGAUCUUUUAAUCUUCGUUGGCCACAAUUAAAACAAACCCGAUCGUGGAGCGCCGCGAUCCCUUUGCAUAAAAACAUAUGGCUUUUGCUAUAAAAAUUAUGACUGCAAAACACCGGGCCAUUAAUAGCGUGCGGAGUGAUUUACGCGUUAUUGUUCUGCUGAGCAGGCACGUGACGCGCGCGGCCAAUGGGGGCUCGGGCGCCGGCAACUUAUUAGGUGACUGUACUUCCCCCCCUGGUGCCACCAAGUUGUUACAUGAAAUCUGCAGUUUCAUAAUUUCCGCGGGUAGGGCCGGGCCGGCCGGACGCGGGGCACGGCGAUGGCCACAACCGGGGCCCUUGGCAACUACUACGUGGACUCAUUCCUUCUGGGCACCGACGCCACAGAUGAGCUGGGCGCCGGCCGCUACCCGCCGGGAGCCCUGGGUCAGCACCCCCGGCAGGCCACGGGGCUGGCCGAGCACCCCGACUUCAGCCCGUGCAGCUUCCAGUCCAAGACAGCGGUGUUCGGCGCCUCGUGGAACCCAGUGCACGCGGCGGGCGCCAAUGCGGUGCCCGCGGCGGUGUAUCACCACCAUCACCACCACCCCUACGUGCACCCCCAGGCGCCUGUGGCGGCGGCGGCGCCGGACGGCAGGUACAUGCGCUCCUGGCUGGAGCCCACGCCCGGUGCGCUCUCCUUCGCGGGCUUGCCCUCCAGCCGGCCUUAUGGCAUUAAACCUGAACCGCUGUCGGCCAGAAGGGGUGACUGUCCCACGCUUGACACUCACACUUUGUCCCUGACUGACUAUGCUUGUGGUUCUCCUCCAGUUGAUAGAGAAAAACAGCCCAGCGAAGGCGCCUUCUCCGAAAACAAUGCUGAGAAUGAGAGCAGCGGAGACAAGCCCCCCAUCGAUCCCAGUAACCCAGCUGCCAACUGGCUCCACGCUCGCUCCACGCGGAAGAAGCGCUGCCCCUAUACAAAACACCAAACGCUGGAACUGGAGAAGGAAUUUCUGUUCAACAUGUACCUCACCAGGGACCGCAGGUAUGAGGUGGCCCGACUGCUCAACCUCACCGAGAGACAGGUCAAGAUCUGGUUCCAGAACCGCAGGAUGAAAAUGAAGAAAAUCAACAAAGACCGAGCAAAAGACGAGUGAUGCAACUCGAGUUCAUUUAGAAAAGAGAGAGAGAGCUAGAGAGAAAGAGAAAGAAUUGCCCGUCCCCUUCUUCUACCCCUACCCCACCCCAGCCUCCACCACACUGCACAAAGCGGCUUUAAACUCCAGGCCUCAUCUCCCCCUGGCAAACCCUGCUCAGGCUGGCUCCUUGGCCUGCCUCUUUGAUGGAGGAGGUAUUGUAAGCUUUCCGUUUUCUAUAAGACAGAAAAAAGGCGGGCGGGGGGUGGGGUGGGGUGGCAUUAGCGCUGAUGGCUGUGUGUGCUAGCUUGUAUAUAUUUUUAAAAAUCUACCUGUCCCUGACUUAACACACACACACACAAAACUACCUUUUUAUAAUGCACAACUGUUGAUGGCGGGCUGUAUAGUUUUUAGUCUGUGUAGUUAAUUUAAUUUGCUCUUUGUGCAGCAGAGCAAUCUGCCCAAAUACUUGAACACUGUGUUUUAUUGUGGUAAUUAUGUUUUGUGACUCAAACUUCUGUGAUGGGUGAUGCACCCGUUGUGAUUGUGAAAGCUAGAAUUCGAUUUGAACUCAGGUUGUUGGGGGGGGCAGUUGCAUAGAGUAUAGCUCUGUAGUGGAAUAUGUCUUCUGUAUGACUAGGCUGUUAACCUUUGAUUGUAAACUAGCUGUAAGGAAUUCCUAGCGAAAUAAAAUUUUUUAAAAAAGAAAAGAAAGGGUUCUCCAGAAUGCGUAAAUUCAUGGUUUUCUUCUCUUUUGAAAUGCGGACAUUUUAGUGUCUACAUGCUCCAUAGACCCGUCUUGUUCAUUGUAUAUAUAUAAUCCACAUAUUAAAGAAAAAGUAAUCAAACAAGCUUGAAUAUUGUUUUUGCACCAAACAGUGAGGAAAUUUGGAGCUAUACGUAUGUGCAGAAGGUUACUACCUAUGGUUUACAUUUAAUUUUAAUCGGGGAAAAAUGAAUGCUUAUUGUAAUGGAGUUAAUUUUAUUGAUAAUAAAUUAUACACUAUAAAACCGCCAUUGGGCUACUGUAGAUUUGUAUUCUUGAUGAAUCUGGGGUUUCCAUCGGGCUGAACAUACACUGUAUAUUUUGCAAUAGUUACCUCAAGGCCUACUGACCAAAUUGUUGUGUUGAGAUAUUUAACUUUUUGCCAAAUAAAAUAUAUUGAUUCUUUUCUAA